AGAUCGACUGCACUUUUCUGAAGCAUUGUUGGCGGGCAGUUGCGCGGGCGAAGCAUUCACCAGCAGAUCGCCCCAAUUGCGGCCAGACAAGCACCCAUAUUGCCACCAUGGGUUCGCUGAAACGCAAGGAGGGCCCUGACGGUGCUUCUGCAUCCAAGACAGCUCGAGCAGCAACAGAAUCCAGGCCUUCAAAACGGGCCAAAUCGAGCGACUCGACGAAAGACAGCGACAAGAAGCGCGCAAAGUCGCCCAAGUCGUCCGCUUCAAAGCCAGUUUCCGCCCCGUUGGUUUCACAGCUCAAAGAGGAGGAGCCGCUUUUCCCUCGAGGUGGUGGGAGCGUCCUCACUCCUCUUGAACAGAAGCAGAUCCAGAUCCAGGCGAAAAAGGAUGUGCUGUUCGAGGAGGCUACUGGCAAGAAGGGGGACAAGGUGGAAGGUGCUUCUAAAAAGAAGAAGCGAAAGUCCAGGGGAGACGAGACAGCCGCGAAGACCGUCACGGAUGAGGAUGCUGUCAAGGUCGAAAGUCUGAAUUUCAAGCGUCUUGUCAAAGGCUCACUCGUUCUCGGAACUGUCUCGGCCAUUAAUCCCCUCGAUAUAGCCAUCGCUUUGCCAAACAAUCUCAUCGGUCAUGUGUCUAUCACCGCCAUCUCCGAGUCCCUGACCCAACGGCUGCAGACCAGUGCCGAGAAAGAAGACGAGGCGGAGGAGUCCGGGGACGAAAGCUCUGACGACGUCGAUCUCUCGAGCUUAUUUCGUAUUGGCCAGUAUGUGCGCACGUACGUCGUGUCUACAAUGGACGAAUCAACCCCCGGAAAGACGAGACGACAUAUUGAACUGUCUCUCUUUCCUGCACAUACAAACUCCACAAUGUCAGAGCAGGACAUCGUUGAGAAUUGUACGCUUAUGGCUUCGGUUGCUAGCGUCGAGGACCGUGGCUUUGUCAUGGAUAUCGAUAUCCCUGAUUCCGAGCUCAAGGGGUUCUUGCCGCGCAAGCAGCUUGACAAAAGCAUAGACGAGGAUAAUAUGCAGCCGGGCGCAGUUUUUCUCUGCACUGUGACCGGCAGAGCGGCGGGUGGCAAGGUUGUCCAGCUAUCCACGCUCUCGGACCGCCUUGGUAAUGCCGCAAACUACCCGGCUGAAGCUACUACUAUCGAGUCAUUCCUACCGGGCGCUGCGGCCGAUGUAUUGGUAUCUGAGGUCUCUCAGCAUGGCAUCGUUGGCAAGGUAAUGGGUCAUCUGGACGUGACCGCAGAUCUUAUCCACUCUGGCGCCGGACCCGAUGGUGUCGUCCUCGAAGACAAGUUCAAGGUGGGCUCCCGAGUCAAGGCGAGAAUCAUCUGCACAUUCCCAACCGCGAACAAGCCGAAGCUAGGGAUUUCCCUUCUGCCGCAUGUUCUCUCGAUGAAGCCAAAGACGGCUGCUCAAAACGACCAGGAAGUGCUGCCAACUCAGAUUCUUGCUCACUCCGCAGUUGUGGAGAAAUGCACGGUACAAAGGGUCGAGCCUGGCAUUGGGCUUUAUGUUGAUGUUGGCGUAAAGGGUGUCGCAGGGUUCGUCCACAUUUCCAGGGUCAAGGACGGCAAGGUGGAUACUUUGUUCGAGAACAGCGGCCCAUACAAGGUUGGGUCCGUCCACCCUGGCCGCGUGGUCGGUUACAACCCGUUCGACGGCAUGUUCCUCCUCUCUUUCGAGAAGCAUGUUCUCGAGCAACCAUUCCUGCGAAUUGAAGACAUCCCAGUGGGAGCCGUAGUUCCCGGUGUGGUUGAGAAGCUUGUCGUCAACCAAGACGGCCUCGGAGGUCUUAUCGUCAGGAUUGCCGAGGGGAUAUCUGGUCUAGUCCCCGAGAUGCAUCUCGCCGAUGUACACUUGCAGCAUCCCGAGAAGAAGUUCCGGGAAGGGAUGAAAGUCAAGACCCGCGUGUUGUCGACCAACCCAGCAAUGCAUCAAUUGCGUCUGACACUGAAGAAAACGCUGGUCAAUUCCGAAGCACCCCCCAUCAAGUCAUACGAUGAGCUGGCGGUAGGACUUCAGGCGCCUGGUACAAUCGUCAGCGUGCUGCAGCACGGGGCCAUCGUCCAGUUCUACGGCCAACUUCGCGGUUUCCUUCCCGUCUCUGAGAUGAGCGAGGCCUACAUACACGAUCCCAAAGAACAUUUCCGGGUGGGACAGACUGUCAGUGUAUACGUCCUCAGCUUUGACCCAGAAGCUAGCAGGCUCAUUGUUUCAUGCAAAGACCCUUCUGCUUUUGGACUAGAAAAACAGCUUGCGCUGAAGAAGCUUCAAAUCGGCGAUCUGGUUUCCGCUAAGGUGACUCAGAAGACAGAGGACGAUAUCUUCGUAGAGCUCAUCGACUCUUCAUUGAAAGCAAUUCUUCCCGUCGGCCAUUUGACUGAUAAAUCGGUCAGCAAGACGCAGUCUGCCCUGAAAAAAAUCCACGUCAACCAAACACUUUCCGACUUGGUCGUCCUUGAGAAGAACGAAAGUCGCCGUUCCAUAACUCUCUCACACAAGCCAAGUCUUGUCCAAGCAAGCGAACAGGGGAAGCUCCUCUCCGGCGUUGAUGAUGCCCAGGUCGGAGAAGAAGUGCCCGGCUUCGUCCGGAAUAUCACUGCCACGGCCGUGUUCGUGCAGUUUGCAGGCAAAUUGACGGCUCUCCUCCCAAAGUCGAUGAUGCCUCGGGAGAUACACGAUAAGCCCAAUUUUGGAAUGCACAAGUCACAGUCCGUCCUUGUCAGGGUCACCCACGUCGACAAAGAUCUCGGCCGCCUGGUCGUGGCGAUACCAUCUGUUCUUGAUGAACAGGCGAAGAAGUCUGCGAAGCCGGUCGAGAAGGCAGUAAACUCCCUGGACGACUCAAUCAGCUCGAUUAGUGAUCUUGGCAUCGGCAAACAUACCGAGGCUAGGGUGAAAUCUGUUAAGGAGACGCAACUCAAUGUCGAAAUCGCGGACAACAUUCAGGGGCGAAUCGACGUCUCGCAGGUUUUCGAUAGCUGGAGUGAUAUUCCAGACCCGAAGAGGCCGCUGAAGAAGUUCAAGCCAAAAGACGUUGUGCGGGUUCGCGUUCUGGGCAUUCAUGAUGCCCGUAACCACAGAUUCUUGCCCAUCACCCAUCGGUCUAGCCACUCGGUUCUAGAGCUUUCAGCAAAGCCGAGCGAUCUCAAGGAAGGGACUCCUCCAGAGCCACUAUCUCUUGAGAAGGUCGAAGUCGGGUCCACCCAUCUGGCCUUCGUCAACAACGUUGGGACUAACCACCUGUGGGUUAACCUAUCUCCCAACGUGCGCGGCAGGAUCAGCGCUAUGGAGGCUUCCGACGACUUGUCCAAGCUUGCAAACUUGGAAAAGAGCUUCCCUGUAGGCUGUGCGCUUCAAGUACGGGUUCUGGCCGUAGACGCGGACAAGAAGCGCGUUGAUCUCUCUGCCCGGACUCCCGGCGCCGCUAACGCGCUUACCUGGGACAAGAUCGAACAAGGCAUGGUCUUGCCCGCGAAGGUCACCAAGGUCAAUGACCGCCAAGUCGUCGUCCAGCUCAGCGACUCGGUAGCAGGACCGGUGCACCUGGCAGAUCUCGCAGAUGACUACGACGAAGCGAACCCACUCCGCUAUUCGAAGAAUGAGAUAGUGCGGGUAGCCGUCGUAGAGAUUGAUAAGAGCAACAAGCGAUUGAGGUUGUCUUUGCGGCCCUCGAGGGUCCUCAACUCAUCCUUGCCCGUAAGGGAUAAGGAGAUUACAAAGAGCACGGAGCUCAAGGUCGGCGACAUUAUCCGAGGUUUCGUCAAAAAUGUCUCGGAUAAGGGUCUCUUCGUCUCUCUUGGUGGGGACGUUGUGGCACUGGUCCUGAUUAAGAAUUUGUCCGACUCUUUCCUGAAAGACUGGAAGGAACACUUUCAAGUCGAUCAAGUGGUGAAAGGACGCAUCAUAUUUGCUGCUGAUGGACGCUUCGAGAUGAGCUUGAAGCCGUCAGUGGUAGAGAAGGAUUUUGUCCCUUUGACCACAAUGUCUGACCUGAAGGAAGGUCAGACCAUUACCGGUAGAGUCCGGAAGGUCGAAGAGUUUGGUGCCUUUAUCGACAUCGAUGGAUCGGCCAAUCUCUCCGGUCUCUGUCAUCGCAGUGAGAUGGCGGACAGGACCGUCAAGGAUGCGAGGACACUCUACAACGAAGGUGACCGUGUCAAGGCCCGUGUGCUGAAGGUCGAUCUCGAGAAAAAGCGAAUCAACCUCGGUCUGAAACCCUCCUACUUUAAGGAUGGCGACGACGACGAUAUGGACGUCGAGAGUGAAGACGAGGAUGCCGGUGCAGCCAUUAGCAGUGAAGAAGGAAGCGACAUCGACGAGGCGAUGGACGAUGCAGGGGGUGCACUUCUUCUUGCUGGGUCCGAUGAUGAGCAUGACAACGAUGACCGAGAUGAAGGUGAUGAUAGCAGCGAUGUCGAGAUGGUCGAUGCCAAACCAGAAGGCUUGGCUGGUCUCGAUGCCGGAGGGUUUGACUGGGCAGCCAACGCUCUGGAUGCGGACGAUAAUGCCAAUAAUAGCCUUGUGGACAGGCCAAACAAGAAGGCAAAGAAACGGCAUGAACCCCAGAUCCUGGUUGACAAGACAGCUGAACUGGACAUCAACGGGCCGCAAACAUCCAGCGAUUAUGAACGACUCCUCCUCGGCCAGCCCGACUCAUCCCAGCUAUGGAUUGCAUACAUGGCGUUCCAGAUGCAAGCCAAUGACCUGGCCAGCGCAAGGCAAGUGGCAGAGAGGGCAAUCAAAACCAUCAACAUCAAGGAAGAGACGGAGAAGUUGAACGUGUGGAUUGCAUAUCUCAACCUUGAAGUCGCUUAUGGCACCGACGAAACAGCAGAGGAGGUCUUCAAACGAGCGUGUACAUACAACGACGAGCAGGAAGUUCACGAGCGGCUGGCAAGCAUCUACAUCCAGGCUGGGAAGCACAAGGAAGCCGACGAUCUCUUUGAAAAGAUCGUCAAGAAGUUCGGCUCCCAGUCGCUGGACGUCUGGAUCAACUACGCCCACUUCCUUCAUGCGACCGCCAACCAGCCGGACCGCGCCCGAGCCCUCCUCAAGCGUGCCACGCAGGUGCUCGGCAGCAGCACGCAGCAGUCGCGCACGUACCUCUUGCUACUACCCAAGUUCGCCGCGCUCGAGUUCCGCUCCCCCAACGGCGACCGCGAGCAGGGCCGCACCCUCUUCGAGAGCUUGCUCGCAACCUACCCCAAGAAGUUUGACCUCUGGAACCAGCUGCUCGAUCUGGAGACAUCGCCGUCAGCGGUGGGCACCGCCGAUGUGACCGUCAUCCGCGACCUGUUCGAGCGCGGAAGCAAGGUUAAGGGGUUGAAGCCCAAGCAGGCAAAAGCCUGGUUCCGGCGGUGGGCGAAGUGGGAGGAGGAGAAUGGCGAUGCGAAGAGUAGGGAGCGGGUUUCGGCCAAGGCGCAGGAAUGGGCCAGGAUGGCGGGUGAAAAGAAGAGUGCUGCCGCUGCUGUUGCCGCUGUGGCUGGUGAUGGGGAGAAUGAGGACGAGGAGUAAUUAGAGGGAGGAGAUGGAUAUAUCCUAUUUCAUUUGGAUUCUGGAAGAAAACAAAAGAGGCGCAGGACCAAUUCCACGGGCGGGUGGCAUGGUUUGCCGGCACCUUGAUUUGCUUCGAUUCCCGUGCAUAGUAUACACUGUACUGUUCGAUAUCCGUGAUUGCCCGUCUUCAUAUCUGAUUUGUAUUGUCGAAACAGAGGCCUUAUCCUAUGACACUCUUUGCCCGUCAUAUAUGUAGCAGCACCCUUU